GUUGUGUUCCUCUUUAUACACUCCAGUACCUAGGCUAGGCCCCACGCAUCCACACCGCUUUCAAUCUCUUUGUCAGCUGCGCCGUUUUCCCUCGCGUGGCUGUUCACCACUAACCCUAACCGCGCAUAAUCCUCACUCUGUCUCCUUCUCCGAUGGAAAACUAUUCUUAUUCUUACCCCGACUCCGGCGACUCUUCACCGCACUCUCGUGAAAUCGACUGCGAGAACCAGUCAUGGGAGGAGCAUCCCUCCAACUCCAAAGUCAAGUUCAUGUGCAGUUACGGCGGCAAAAUCCAGCCCCGACAACAUGAUAAUCAACUUGCUUACAUCGGCGGUGACACCAAAAUCUUAGCCGUUGAACGGAAUAUAAAGUUCAAUGCCAUCAUGAAUAAGCUUUCCGCUCUUUACGGCGAUGAAAACAUUUGCUUGAAGUAUCAACUUCCCGGCGAAGACCUCGAUGCUUUGAUUUCUGUUACCAAUGACGAGGAUCUUGAGCACAUGAUGUUAGAGUACGAUCGCCUGGUCCGCGCCUCCCCCAAACCGGCAAGGUUGAGGCUGUUUUUGUUCCCAUUGAAUCCCACAACGUCGUCGGUUUUUGGGGUAAGUGAGACGAAAUCGGAGCAACAGUGGUUUGUGGACGCUUUAAAUUCGGUCCAGAUCCAACAUCUCGACGGCUCUUCGCCACCAGCAGCCGCCGUAUCUGUGACGAACCCCGAUUUUUUGUUUGGAUUAGAUAAACCGAAGAUACCAGAAACGGUUGCGACACCGGUAAUUCCGGAGGUAGUUGUGAAGGAUGUAAUGGCUGGAUCCGAUUGUGGAUCUGAGGAUCGGCACGUGAUUGGAGAUCAAAUGCUGGAAAUCCAUAGAUUGAACAUUGGUGGAAUUAAUACUCAUGAACAAGUGAACCAAAAUCCCGCUGUUGGUCACGGCGGACAGAAACUUGUUACGGAGAAAAUCGCACCACCAACGGGGGCAAUUCCGAUGCCAAUGCAAAUUUCCGUUCCGUCUGCGUAUAUACCGGAACGUCAUAUGGCAGCUGCCAAUUUCCCGUCGGAGCAGCCAGUUUAUUACAUUCCAUCUGCUUCAGCAGCUGGUGUUUAUUCGGCUCCAACUUUGCGACCCGUAACUGGACCAACUGGUCAAGCUUAUUACGGAGUGCAGAGGGUGAUACAGGAACAGCCGGUUUACAAUGUGGUGCCGACAUCGGCUUCAAUUCAGCAGCAGCCGAAAACUGGGUUAGUGGCUGAGCCUGGGUUUGUACAGGUGGCGUAUGAUGGUGCGGGGAGACAGGUUUAUUACACCUCAGCUGCAGUCCCAGCGGCGGGAGUGAUGACGCAGUACCAAGCAGUGGCUGUGGAUGGAAGGCAAGGCGGUGGAGCGUUGACUCAGGAGGGUAAGGUUGUUGUCAAUAACAAGGGUCCUCAAACUAGUUCUGCGUGAUUUCAGUAGUUAUGAUUCUUGUUCUAUGUAAGUUAAUUGUCAAAUAAGAAAGAAAAAAUUUGGUGAUUUGUUUUCGUUUGGUUUUUUGUGUAAAUUAGAAUUGCUUAAAGACUGUGAAUUGGAAGAUUAUUUGAUUAGUUUAUUGGGAAUGGAUACAAAUACUGAAGUGUUGAUGGCA